UUUUCCGGUGAAGGGGAUUGUGGGAUAGGCAAGCAAUUUCGUUUAAGUUCUUGAAGGGGCAGACAUUUUGACAGACAACAGACACAAUGCAGAGAGGGUACGAGCGAUCAGACAGGCGAAGGGGUGGUGGAUUUGGCGGAAAUGAUGGUUUCGGCGGACAUGAUAGUUAUGGCGGAGGAAGAGUUGGGGGAAGCAGUUAUGGCAGUGGACGAGAUGGAGGUUAUGGCGGAGGACGUGAUAAUUAUGGCGGAGGCCGUGAUGGCGGCCGAGGCAAUGAUGGUGGUUCAUAUCAUUCGAACUGGAACAACCCCGGUGGAAAAACAGACAUUUACGUUGACCAGUCAAUUGUCGGCAGAAUAAUCGGGAAAAGGGGUCAGAGAAUUCGUGAGCUGCAGGACCAAAGUGGAGCUUUGAUUAAAGUAUUCAGUGACCAGGCAGAAGGUGGAAGAGUUCGAAUCCAGUUGUCUGGAGAGAGUCAGCACAGACAAGCAGCAGAAGCAUUGAUCAGGGAACUGGAAGAGCCACAGGACAGGAGCGGUCCCCAACGUCAUCGCAACAAUGCUUGCUUCCAGUGCGGUGCAGAUGGCCAUUUCGCCCGUGAAUGCCCAAAUCCGCAGUAUUAAUCCAUAGUAACAUCUGCCUGGCACAGCCAAAGAAGAUGCACAGUAAAAGUUAUCACAUUGAACACCAUCCAAAUCAAACUUGCUGAGCAACCUGCAUUACUCGAGACCCUGUGUUGAAUUUUUACGCAUUUUAUUUGACAUGAGCAAUUGCUGCCACUCUGCUAAUUAUGCUAGGUUUGUAACAUCUGUCGAAGCUUUUUAACAAAGUGAUAUUCAUCACAAAUUCAUUUUGUAAUUGUUUUUCAUUUUUUUUAAAUGUAAUAAUUUUUUUUUGUCUCCAUUGAAAUAUGGAAUCUCUACUGUAUUCAUGCAAAUGUAAAUCCAUUCUCAAGAAUAAAAAAAUGUGAUUUUU